AUGCAGCUCCUCCCACUUCCUGCCCUCACCUGGACAGAAACUAAAAUGGAUACGAACAAGGCAAGGAAACGUAGUUUGACAACCUUCCCAGUUUUGAAAGCAAGAAAGAAGCAGAGUUUCACCUCCGUGAAGGUUGAGAGUAAGCCUUUGGUUCAACUCCAGAAGCCAUCCUCCAAGACCAAGAAGCUGAGAUCAAACCGAUGUUCACAAAAGGUAGGGGGCAGCAGUGCAUUCCCUUUUGUGAACACAAAGGCGAAGAAGAACGCAGUUAACUUUCCCCACAUUGGCAACAAAACCCUACCAAAGGGGACCAUGUUGUAUCAGGAAAAUCAGAUUCAUAAUCAACUGCUGUCCUCUGAACUCAAGACCUCAGAAAUACCUUUCAGCUUUAGCACCAAAGCCCAAGACACCAAAGCCCAAGACACCAAGCUCCAUCCAGAACUACCAAAGAAGCACAAAGUCCCUCUUACAGCAGCAGAGGCCCUAAAGUUUUUUAAGAAUCAGCUGUCCCCUUAUGAACAAAGCGAAAUCCUGGGCUACUCGGAGCUGUGGUUCCUAGGGCUUGACGCCAAGAAGCUCAACGUGGUUCCGGAGAAGUUCAGCAAGACAAGCUUUGAUGACGAGCACGGUUCCUAUGUCAAGGUCCUGCAUGACCACAUUGCCUACCGAUACGAGGUUCUGGACAUGAUCGGGAAAGGGUCCUUUGGACAGGUGGCCAAGUGCUUGGAUCACAAAAACAAUGAGUUGGUGGCCCUGAAAAUCAUAAGGAACAAAAAGAGAUUUCACCAUCAGGCUCUGGUGGAGCUGAAGAUCCUGGAGGCCCUCAGAAGAAAGGACAAAGACAACACCCACAACGUAGUCCACAUGAAGGACUUCUUCUACUUCCGGAAUCACCUCUGUAUCACCUUUGAACUCCUGGGAAUCAACCUGUAUGAGUUGAUGAAGAAUAACAGCUUUCAAGGCUUCAGUCUGUCCAUAGUUCGGCGCUUCACCCUUUCUGUUUUGAAAUGCUUACAAAUGCUUUACGUAGAGAAAAUCAUCCACUGUGACCUCAAGCCGGAAAAUAUUGUGCUGUACCACCGGGGCCAAGUCACUGUUAAAGUUAUUGACUUUGGGUCAAGCUGCUAUGAACACCAGAAAGUUUAUACAUACAUCCAAAGCCGGUUCUACCGAUCCCCCGAGGUGAUUCUGGGCCACCCCUAUAACAUGGCCAUUGAUAUGUGGAGCCUGGGCUGUAUCAUGGCUGAGCUGUACACCGGAUACCCACUGUUCCCUGGGGAGAACGAGGUGGAGCAGCUGGCUUGCAUCAUGGAGGUGCUGGGCCUGCCACCUACCCACCUCAUCCAGACAGCCACCAGAAGACAGAUAUUCUUCGAUUCCAAAGGUCUUCCCAAAAAUAUAACCAACAACAGAGGGGAAAAAAGAUACCCGAAUUCCAAGGACCUCCCGAUGAUGGUGAAAACCUAUGACUCCAGCUUCCUGGACUUUCUCAGAAGGUGUUUGGUGUGGGAGCCUUCUCUGCGCAUGACCCCUGACCAGGCCCUCAAGCAUGCCUGGAUUCAUGAGCCGAGGAAAUUCAAACCACGGCCCAGGCCACAGAUCCAAAGGAAGCCUGGUGUGAGUAGCUCCUCUGAGAUAAGCAAGGACAAGACUGAAGAGCACCAGGCCAGCAAAGGCACAAAAGAUGAGGCCACCAAAGAAACUACAGACAAGUUGAAAGAUGAGCCUGAGAAGCACCCUGAGAAUUCGGGCAAACGGCAGAGCUCUAUCCAGCACUUAGCAAACACAGUCCAGCUGCCUAAUCUAGCAGAAGCUUCUGGAAAGCCAGAGGCUGUUGCUGGGUCAGAGAUGUCCGAAGAACAACAAUGCACCUCCUCCCCCAAGAGCACAAACAUUUUACCACCCAUCAUGUGACCCUUGUGGAGGGCGUGUCCUGUCCCUCCACCCCCACCAUCGAUUUGUAUUAGAGAAGGCACUUUGAUUGUACAAUACUUCACACUGCUUUUUUAUUGCAUAAAGGUUUGUAAGAAAAAUCAAACUCUACUCACAUGGUGAGUUGGCAUGAUUCCUCCAGAGGAGGUUGGCGGGGUUGGGAGAUGGGGGUGAACUU